CUUAGUGCCUAGUUGUGGCUUUUGCGGGCUGCCGACCCUCAUUGUAACUUUGACGAACGUCGACUACCGCAGCAGCGACCACCUCGCCCCCUUUGCAGCAACACCGCGCCGUGCUUUUUGCGCUGCAACAUUGCCCAACCCUGAAUAAUUCCGAUAGCCGUUCGCUCGACUCAUUACCGACCGCCGAUCGCUUUCACCGCUGUAGCCGGGUCCGUUCGACAUGUCGGCAUAGGUCUCCCUCGGUGCCCAAGCUCGACGCUUGGAGACCCUCUCGGCGUUCUUUGAAAGAGGAAGACUUUUUUCUUUCUUUGAAGCAUCUCGUGACAGCAGAGCUCCAAUUGCCUGUGUCGUGACGACCAGCUGUGGAGCUGACAUCUGCGGACCAUGUCGACGCAGCCGCGAACGACAACUCGGACCAUGGAAUCGACCAACGUGCCCGAACGGUCAGGGUCCAACAUGUCCGAGGAUUCUAGUGGCUCCUCAGAAGACCGCGUACGCAAGUUCCAGAAGACGGGCGACCAGGGCAGCCGCCUGCGCAAGACAAGCGCAUCCAAUGCUAUAAGCGCAGCACGACCGCUGCCGACCAUCAACAACAACGCCGCAGGACGAGGCAGGGCCAAGGUGCCGUUGGGCCCCCGCGAGCGGCCCCAGGACUUCAACAAGCAGAGAAUGGCAAGCGGCGCCAGCGUUGCCUCUCUUGAGACACGCUCCUUCCUCCCCACGCCCGCCAACGAGACGACGGCCACGCGCCCCGUCCCUUCGAACCCACGCUUCAGCUUCACCAAGCAACCGCAGAUCAGCAGCCCGGCAAAGGGAGAGUCCAACGAGAACACUGGCUCAUAUGACUUCCUGCCCGCCGUCAACUUCGAUGACUUUGCCAACAGCCUCUCCUACGAGCCCGCGCUAAGCGACUUUCCUGCCCCCGGCACGUUCAAGACCAACGUGCCUGCCGACAGCACCACCCCUAAUAACAGCAAUAACAAUAGCAAUAGCAACAACAUGCAGCCGUUUACGGGAGCCCCCACCGAUACCCGCCCUGCACGUAGCAGCUCUUUCGUUCGCCGCUUCAGCCAGUCCACUGCGAGGAAGCCGAGUGGUGCUUCCACCGCAUCCGGCUCUGACCCGUCUGCGAUGCCUCCGCCGCCCACCAACAUGGCCAUCCGAUCACGCCGCCAAAGUCACUUCCCUGCCCAGGCACCCUCGAACCCGGCCGCCCGAGCCCCGAGAAAGAGCGUUGGCCCUGGAAUGCUGCCAACGAAUAGCUUUGAAAUGGACAGACUCGCGAAUGACAACACGAUGCCUACGCUCGGCCGCGCCCCUUCACUGAACAAGGGAAACAGGCGGGAGCCACUCUCUACGAACCUCAACACUACAACCACCGGGGUACCCAAGCUUCCAACUGCCGCACGCAAUGCGAAAGCAAAGUCCCUACAGCCGCCCUCGAGACAGCAACCGGGCCACCUGACUGUCUCUAUCAGCCCCGAUCCGAGUUCCAUGCCCUUGGACCAUUCCCGCUCACCUGGCAGAUCUCCCGCGGCGCAACGAUCAUACACACCUUCGUCCUCGUCGAGCAAGCGACAGUCAACCGCACCGCACAUAUCUGGGCUCGGAGCGCGAACUAUUAGCCCCACAGACGCUCGGAGGCUGAGGAGGCUGUCCAUGAACCCUAACCACCCGCCAAACGGCCCGGUGGGCCCUCCUACACCUCAAGGCGACCAGACAUUCGACGAGCGUGCCUUUAGCCAGUCUCCAGCCUUGGCCGUGGGAGGGAGCAUGACGCCCUCUUCGGCACGUGCGACACCCGAGCAGAAGCGCAAGUCUUAUGCCUCUGGCAUCUCGCUUUCCUCAAACUCGAGCUUGAACUCGCUAAAGGUCGGUCCUUCGUCCAUACCGUUGCGUACAAAUCCUGCUCCGACAAGCUCGCGUUUGCCUGCGCCAAAGCCACGAAACGUGCAAAGCUCAGCUGGUGGAGAACAAGAAGAAGUUCCUCCAGUACCGGCUAUACCAAAAGCAUAUGAGUCUCCCAAGGACCCUGAGCGCAGCAGUUUUGCAUUCAAUACACCAAACUCGAAGAUGAACGCGCCUCCAGCAUCUCAAGAGGCUGUCUCGACACCCGAUGCACAACGAGUUGAACCUCGGCCUAUUGAGACCCAGGACGGUGGCGUUUUGAACAGGAGUACAGGGUCCAUCAGACAUCGAAGAGGGUUAACCGUCGGAGCUGGUUCGGAAACUGAGAGGACGCCCACCACGGUACAGCAGUCCAGCAAAAAGAAUCUGCAGCCAAUCAGACUACCACCGCUGAACCUGCUACCACUUGGUACACCAUUCAACAACCGGAUAUCAUCUUUCCCUGCGCCUUCUGACGAAGUAGAUGAGCGUAAUGUCACACCGCCACCUAAACGUGCUGCCAACAAAACGCCUAGUACGCCCAUGACAGCGUCCAAGGCGAACUUCUUCUCAAGGAACAACCAUCAUGAUGAAUACCACAAACACUUACGUAGCAGCAGUUCAGCAUUCAACUUGCGUGCAGCAGACUCGUCGCUUGAUACACACCCGAAUAUCGGUACGAUACCCAUUCCGACCCUGAACCCGACACGCCAAGCCACCACACCUUUCUCGUCGAAUUCAUUACCAAAGGGAAGCGGAGAGUUCGCUCGCUUGCAGCCACGACCCAGCGGCGAAUACAAGUCAUCCGCCAAGGAUGUGGAGAUGCAGAGCAUGGUUGCUGGACCGCGGCCAUUACAGAAGAAAAACACAUCGGAUUCGAUCCAGACUUCUGAGUCGACAGAGCCAGAAACGCCUUCUUCUGGUUCAUCCUUGCGCCGAAAGCUUAGCCUUAGCGGCUGGAGGAGAGCUUCGUCAAAAGCUGCGACACAUCAGUCGCAGAAUCCACAGGUCCGAAAACCGGGCACUAAGACGGACGAACAAAGACAGCAGCCUCAACCACCUAAGCACAGCGAGAUGCCGCCACCUCGAUUACCUGCGUCUGCUACUUGGAGCGGCGCUACUGGUACAACUCCUCCUCCCGCUAAAAGUGGAACCCGACCAUCCCUCGACUUUGGACGUCGCAAGACUUCUACAGCAGCUGUCGCAAGUGACACCGAGGCUGAGAAGUCAGGUGCUCGUAAACCCGUGGGAGGCGGUGGAAUACGUGCUGUGUCGGGGCACACAGACCAGGCUACCAGCCAGGUGACACAAAAGUCCACGUCCAUUUUGACACCGAUGCAGCGGAUGUUGGGUACGAAGAGCUCGUCAAACAUGCUCAAAGCUCGUAAUCUCGACCCCAAUCUAGAUCGGGAUGAUCUAUUAGCCGACGAGGAGAUGAAGAAGCUUGCUUCGAAGCGGAAAGAUUUUGAGCAUGCGGCGAGGGAUGUUGAUGAGCUUCGCAAGCGCGCCACGGCCAAGGAGCGUGUCACUCCAAGUGAUGCUGUACGUAUGGCCAACCUGAACAUAUUCGAGAGGGGGGAGAUUAUCGACUACAAAGAAGUGUACUUCUGUGGAACGAAGAAUGCCAAGAAGCACGUCGGCGACCUUAAUGCGCAGACAGCGAACUUUGGCUACGACGACGAACGUGGCGAUUACAACAUUGUCCUUGGAGACCAUCUUGCCUACAGAUACGAAGUCGUUGAUGUGCUCGGAAAGGGUAGUUUCGGACAGGUCGUGCGCUGCGUAGACCAUAAGACGGGAGGACUCGAAGCGAUCAAGAUCAUUCGUAACAAGAAGAGGUUCCAUCAGCAAGCUCUGGUCGAAGUCAACAUUCUCCAGAAGUUGCGUGAAUGGGAUCCCGACAACAAGCACAGUAUGAUCAACUUCACCCAGAGCUUCUACUUCCGCGGCCAUCUUUGCAUCUCUACUGAGCUUCUCGGUAUGAACCUGUACGAGUUCAUCAAGGCACACGAAUUUAAGGGCUUCUCUCUCCGUCUGAUCCGCCGGUUCUGCAAACAGAUGUUGGCUUCAUUGACUCUUCUGAAGACCCAGAAGGUCAUUCACUGCGAUCUGAAGCCGGAGAAUAUUCUGCUUGCGCACCCGCUGCACUCGGAAAUCAAGGUCAUCGAUUUUGGAUCAAGUUGCUUCGAGACCGAGAAGGUUUACACGUAUAUCCAGUCGCGAUUCUACCGUUCGCCCGAGGUCAUCCUUGGUAUGAGCUACGGAUUGCCGAUUGACAUGUGGAGUCUGGGUUGUAUUCUUGCCGAACUACUAACUGGCUACCCUAUCUUUCCUGGAGAGAAUGAACAAGAGCAGCUUGCUUGCAUCAUGGAGAUAUUUGGACCCCCGGAGAAGCAUCUUAUCGAGAAGAGUAGCAGGAAGAAAUUGUUCUUUGAUUCGCUCGGUAAGCCCAGAGUUACCGUCUCGUCAAAAGGUCGCAGGCGAAGGCCCAGCUCGAAGACACUACAGCAAGCUUUGAAGUGUGAUGACGAGGCUUUCCUCGACUUCAUCACGCGCUGUCUACGAUGGGAUCCCGAACGCAGAAUGAAGCCCGAUGAAGCCAUGCAGCAUGAGUUCAUCACUGGCGUUCGCAAAACCAGUCAACAACAACGACGACCUUUCAACGGCCCCUCUGGCGUUUCUUCGCCUGCAAAGCGAAUGCCGCCUCCACAAUCGGCGCAGCCACGCGUCCGACCUCUUCCAGAGCCUCCAGUGUCUAGUUUCAGUCGUGGGACCGCAGCCAGCGGUCAACGCCAGGUGUCGAGCGGCACCUCCCCUGUAAAGACUUCUGCUCCCGCGAGGCGUCAUUCAACGGUGCAAGGACUUGCACCUGGAGCAGCGGGUACUAAGCGUGCCGCAAAUGGAGCCCCACUCAAUGCCACAAGUGGGAGUGGCCUGCCACGCGCAGCGCAGCGAAGUGUGUCAGGCAAGCCAGACCUCGCUUCGGCUGCGGCCAUUGCCAGUCUCAAAACGCACACAUAAAUUUACGAAACCGGGAGAUAUUCUCAAUAUAGAUUAACGAUUACUUGGGCAUCUCAUGAGGUUUCUUACUAUAUAAUAAUGGGGUGUUAGCCUGCUGGCAGCUUGGGGUUAGGUUGUUAGGGACUUUUGUGCAGAUAUGGUUGCGGAUGUUAUGUUUUCCCAUU